CUGUCUCUGUGUGUUCCCAGAUAGGGCAGUUCAGUCAAGUUCUCCAUGAAUGUACGUCACAAUGAUGAUGACAGACCAGAUUCCACUGGACUUGGCUCCGCCUCCCAUCCUGAACGGGGAGGUCCCUCUCCUGCCUCACAUGGUUAACGGUGACGGAGCACAGCAGGUGAUCCUGGUGCAGGUGAACCCAGGGGAGACGUUUACCAUCCGGGCGGAGGAUGGCUCUCUGCAGUGCAUCCAGGGUCCUGCUGAAGUUCCCAUGAUGUCCCCAAACGGAUCAAUCCCACCAAUUCACGUACCACCAGGAUACAUUUCCCAGGUCCUUGAGGAUACCACAGGGGUCCGUCGAGUGGUGGUGACCCCCCAGUCUCCAGAGUGCUACCCCCCCUCCUACUCUCCAGCUCUGUCCCCUACACACCACCUGCCCCCGUACCUAGCUCACCCUCACUUCAUUCACAACUCUCACUCUUUCUAUCCCCCUGUCAGUCCGGGGGAGAUGCCCCCUCACCAGUACUACCAGCACCAUCUGCCCCCCAUGUACGGCGAUCCAGAAAUCAUCCCUGUUUAUGGGAUGUCAAACUAUAUAGGCAGAGAGGAGACGUACAGUAAGCCACAGCCCAAAAAGAUAAAGGAACAGAGACAACUAGAGCGACAGAACCGACUGAACUCUCCUCCCUCCACACUCUAUAAGGGCAGUCUGGGGCCAGCACAUAACGGAUACAGCAACAAAUCACAUACCCCGUCGCUUGGGUCAGUGGGGUCAGGGGGCGGAGCCAGCAGUCCAGGAGGCAAGAAGCCCGAAAGACGACUCCGCUGCAGUCCCCGAAACAGUGAGCCGGAGACACACACACAAGAUCAUGAUUCAGAUGGGAAACGUGUUCAAGACAUGCUGUCUACGAUCGACAAACCACAGGUGUCUAACGUCCAGGCGAGGGCUGCCCGCUUGUCCUGGGCCCCCCCAGCCGGGCUGGUGAACAGGCACAGUAACGGAGUGCCUGUGUCCUGCUCCUACGAGGUGUCUCUCUCAGAUAAGGGAAAGGACGGAAAGUAUCGCCUCAUAUACAGUGGUGAAGAAUUGGAAUACCAUCUGAAAGACCUAAGGCCAGCGACGGACUACCACGUACGCGUGUCGGCAUCGUACAACUCUGUUCGAGGCUCGUGUUCAGAAGCCGGCUCGUUCACGACACACUGCAGCGUGCCUGACGUUCCCCUACCCCCUAAACUCACCCACCGCUCCAAGAGCAGCCUCAGUGUGCAGUGGAAGCCCCCAGGCGACAAUGGAUCCAAAAUCACAAACUAUCAACUCGAAUGGGAUGAGGGGAAGAAGAACAGUGUUUUCAGAGAUUGUUACUUUGGGAGCCAGAGACACUGUAAGCUGACACGACUGUUUCCUGCCUGCGGCUACACCUUCAGGGUGGCUGCACACAACGACAUGGGCACCAGCGGCUUCAGUCAAGAGGUGGUGUUUUACACCAUGGGCACCCUGCCUGCUCUGCCGCUGGCGCCGCGGCUCGUCAGGGCCGGGGUGUCCUGGGUGACCCUGGAGUGGGUGCGUCCCGAGGGCAGUCCCAGCGAGGAGCAGCUCAAAUACACGCUCGAGAUCCAGGAGGACAACAGCGGAACAGACUUUCAUCCAAAGUACACUGGAGAAAACUUGACCUGUACUGUACAAGGCCUGAAGAGAAGUACACAGUAUAAAUUCAGGCUCAUAGCAUCAAACAUGGAAGGAAAGAGCAGUCCCAGUGAAGUCUUGGUGUGCACCACCAACCCAGACAAACCCGGUCCUCCAUCUACACCCUGCGUCAGCGGGGUGACGCCCUACGGCUUCACGGUCACAUGGGAUCCCCCCCAGGACAACGGGGGCUCAGAGGCUCUUACGUACUUGUUAGAGAUCUCAGAAGGAUCCUCUGAAGUGCACUGUCAGUGUUCCGGUCCAUACAUUAAGCAUCCCACCAGGCCCCUGCCAGCCACCAAGGAUUGUGGGUAAAGCCAAACACAAGGAAGUGCAGUUGGAAUGGGACUCGGCGGUGUGUGAAGGUGUGUGUGAAGAGUGUGUGUACAGUCUGGAGAUGAGCGAGGGGGACACCAAGCCAGCAGAAGUGUAUCACGGCUCGGCGCUGCAGUGCACCGUCGCAAGUUUACUGCCUGGUGCGACGUACAGCUUCGUACUGAGAGCUGCCAACGAGGCCGGGUUUGGGCCGUAUUCUGAGCCGACAGAGGUGACGACUGCAGCCGGACCUCCGGGCCAGUGUGGGGCGCCGCUCAUCACCCCCACGAGUAACACCUGCAUAACGCUCAACUGGGAGAGCCCCGAAGGUUCGGGUACAGACAUUUCCGAGUAUCGACUGGAGUGGGCGAGGGAAGACGAACCCAUGGAGCUCAUCUACUGCGGUUCGGCCACGCAGUGCGAGCUGUCGGAUCUGACACCCGCCACAGAUUACUGCUGCAGGCUACAGGCAGUCAAUCAGGCAGGUGCUGGUCCAUACAGUGAGAAGGUGAGUUUCCGGACCCCGGCAACAAAUCCCGACCAGGUCUCGUCCCUCACCCUCCUGGACCUCCCGAGCUCCUCGGAGAACGGCCACUCCCCGUCUUCCUGUCUCCUCUUGAAGUGGGACGAGCCCAACAGUAAUGGUGCAGAGAUCACCUCCUACAUCAUCACCGUGGACGAGCAAACCAUGACUGUGGAGUCGGGGACUAGUCACCUUGUCACGGGCCUGCAGCCAGACAGCGAAUACAGAGUGCAAAUCCAGGCGGUGAACGCCAUCGGCUCCGGCCCCAUGAGUCCGUCGCUGCUCGCGAAGACACGCCCUCUGCCCCCAGCGCCGCCCCCCCUCGAAUGCUCGGCCGCUGGCCCGCAGAGCCUGAAGCUCAAGUGGGGCGAGAACGGUGGACACACACGCACCCUGCUUGCUGAUGACACGGUCUACACACUACAGAUGGAGGACAAGAACCACAGGUUCGUGACGAUCUAUCGCGGUCCCAGCCACACUUACAAGGUUCAGCGACUGAUUGAGUCCAGCAGCUACAGCUUCAGAAUACAGGCCAUCAGCGACGCCGGCGAGGGUCCCUUCUCUGACACGUAUACUUUCUGCACCACCAAGUCUGUUCCACCUGCCCUCAAAGCCCCAAGAGUUCAGCAGCUGGAGGGAAACGUAUGUCAGGUCACAUGGGAGACGAUCCCUCCAAUGAGAGGAGAUCCUGUGAGCUAUGUUGUCCAGUUGCUGGUCGGACGGGAGUCUGAAUAUAAACAGGUUUUUAAGGGAGAGGAAGGUUCGUACCAAAUCUCGAACCUCCAGGGAAACGUGGACUACCGUUUCCGCGUGGGCGCCUGCCGCCAGUGCCGGGACACGUGCCAGGAGCUGUGCGGACCCCUGAGCCCCUCCUCCCUGUUCACGCUCCGCCGGCAGGAGUCGGCGCUGUCCGGGGAGCAGUGCGCCUUGGACACGGGCAAGGGGGCGGGGCUGAUCUCCAGCGACGAACGCUUUGCGGCGCUGAUCGUGUGCGUGUUCGCGGGCCUCUCCAUCCUCAUCGCCUGCCUGCUGCAGUACUUCUUCAUGAAGUGAGGGAAUUUAAUAAUAGGAUAGAAAGGAAAACGAAAGAAAAGAACUUUUUUUAAAGAAACACCUACGAAAUAACCGAAUGAAAUCAAAGCAAACACUUGAGAUGUACUUUUAAAGGCUGCGUAUGUUGUUGUUUUUUUAGUCAAAGUAUUGAUUCCGGCUUUUCAUUUUGUCCUCCGCCUGUUUGGUCUCAUUUUUUUCUACACCUCUCAUUUAAGGAUUUCUGUCGAGGGAAAGAAAACUGAUAAUCAAGCCUUAAAAUAAGUGGGAGCACAGCACAUGCUCCCUAGACUGACUUGUUGCAUGUUUUUAUUUUGUAUGUCUUUUAAAACGUAUUCAGUAGACAGCAUAUAUAUUUCUUGACAGUCA